UCAGGAUCGAAACAGAGCGCAGAGAAGUGGAUCAGAUUCAGAGCACAUUAGUCACCAACUCUGCUCCACACAGCAUGGCUUUUGUCAGCAUGCCUGCACCUUCCCCUGUAUACACUGAACACACUCCAGCUCCUGCGAUGUUCCAGGCUCCACCUCAACCUGUGUACAGUAAUACUCAAGCUCCUGUAAUACCCCAGGGUGUACCAGUUGUGAUUCCCGCUCAGCCACCUGUAGCAGUAUUCCAGGCUCCUGGUGCUGUGGUAAUACAACCUUCUAUGUCAUCCUUUCCUGCACCAAUGAGCUGUGGUUUUUGCCAGAGGCAAAUUGUUACAAUGACCAAACCCAUUAAUGGACUCCUUACCUGGUUAAUUUCUGGGGUGCUCUUCUUCCUCUGCCUCUGGCCAUGCUGCUUGAUUCCUUUCUUUGUGGAAGCCUGUAAGGACGUCGAGCAUUCCUGCCCCAACUGCAGGAACGUUAUCCAUAUUUAUCAAAGGAUGUGAGAUGUUCCACACAGGAGAACUCAAAGGACUCUGGAAAACAUCAUAAACUGGAAUAAAGGCUGUAGAAAUAUAUAAUUUAACUAUUUAACUAUUUUAAAAGUUGAU